GCCGUUUCUGUUUCAAAGUCAACCAAAGCUCACACAUCUUGGUAAAUUAGCCAGGAGUCUGUAUGAAUAUUUACAUCAAAAUUUCUUAUUUUUUCCGAUAAAAACCUUGCAGCUUUAAUAGUAAUUUGAAGCACGGCUCCGUUCUCACAGCGGGAUGAAGCUUUCGAGCAGCGUGAGGCUCCGCGGGCGGUGCCCGGCCCCGCUCCUGAGGCACCGCCGCUCCCGCUCCCGUUCCCGCUCCCGUUCCCGUUCCCGCCCUUUCCCGGCAGCGGGAAGCGCUGAGGGGCGGCGGCGUGAGGGCUGCCCGGGGCCCCGGGGCUUUGGGGUUCCCUGCGCUGCUACGGGAGGUGCGAGCAGCGCUGUCCCUGCCGCCUGCGCGUCCCCUCAGGCUGCAGCUGAGGGCGCGAGUCUCCCUUGCCGCUCCAAGGUGCAGACUGUUAAAGAGAUACCUAUAAAAGGUGCAGGUGACAUACCAGUAAUGGACAAGCAUGGAAAGAAAAGACCUCUGGUGACUACUCAUGUGGUUCCAGAUGAUGUGGGGGGUGAAGUACAGAAUAUGUUGGAGAGAUUUGGAGCUGACAUUAACAAGGCUCUCUUAGCUAAGAGGAAACGAUUAGAAAUGUACACAAAAGCCUCACUCAAAACCAGUAACCAGAAGAUUGAACACGUUUGGAAAACGCAGCAGGAGCAAAGGCAGAAGCUCAAUCACGAGUUCUCCCAGCAGUUCCUGACUUUAUUUCAGCAGUGGGAUGUGGAUGUGCAAAAGGCAGAGGAGCAGGAAGAAAAACUAGCGAAUAUGCUUCGUCAGCAACAAAAGGUUUUUCAACAGGCAAGAAUAGUUCAAAGUCAGAGACUGAAAACCAUUAAACAACUCUAUGAGCAAUUCUUAAAGAGCAUGGAAGAGCUGGAGAAGAGCAAUGAAAAUCUUCUGGCUGGUGCCCAAAAUGAACUUCGCAAGGAAAUGGCGAUGUUGCAGAAGAAGAUUAUGAUGGACACUGUAAGUAUCAGCUCUAUGAAGUUAGUUAAAUGCAAAAAUAGAACAUUCAAGUCAUUUGACAUUCAUUUAAUUCAAAGGAAUCAUAUUGAUACAGCAUUUGUUCAGCAUUAUCUCCUUUUCUUGUGAUAGCAACAGCAGGAGAUGGCAACUGUUCGCAAGUCUCUUCAGUCCAUGUUAUUCUGAUGGCUCAGUGGAGGAGCAACGCGUACCUAAGUAACACGAUACAAGUACAGGCAUUAGAAGGAUGUUGGGAUUUAAAUGUUUCAAGGUUCCUAUUAAACUCUUUCCUUGUUCUAAUCUUGUCUGUUCAUGUUGUAAGAACAUACCUUAGUAAACUUUUAUUACUGGGGGGCAGUAUGGACCCCAAACCGUUCACUGUCUGUUCAGUUGAUUUUUAAAAAUUUCAUAUCCACUUCCAAUAGCGUUGGACUGUUUAAAUUGUUUCACUUUUUUAUAGCAAAUUAUAACAAGGGGAAGAACGAAUGAAACAUGCAUUACCCAGAUUUUACAUAGUAACUUGAGGCCUUUAGGUACAUUGUGCAAAUAGAAGCAUUUCUAACAAGCUGCACAUUGUCACAGUUUCAAUUAGUCUGCUGAUGUAUUAGCUGUUAUAAAAAUUCACAGGGUAUGACAUAGCUCAGAUAGAAUUGUUUAAUGAUGUGUAUUAUGGUAAAUUAAAGUAAUUGUUAACUCUUGUUAUUCUAGACAUUGUAAUAUUGCUGUAUUAGCAUGAGAUUUAUAAACUGCUGUAAUUUGUCCAGAAAGUAGGGGGGGUUUUUUAGUUAAAUUAUGAGCUCAAUGUAUCCGCUCAAGUAAUGAUAAUUAAACAUUAUGCAUUUUGGGGUCUACUUUUUGUAGAACACUGCUAGAAGAAAUCUACGUCAUUUAUUUAGUACAGGCUACUACAAGCCUUUGAGAUGGAAUAUUAUUUUUUUGCAAUUCCAAAUGACUAGCAAUUCAGGGAGGCCUGAGUUUUAAGGGUAAAGCAUUUAUCUUUCAAGUAUCACAUUACAGUAAAUAAGUAUAAACUAAACAAUUGGAUUAGUGCACAUGCAGUUUGUUUUUACAGAAAACCAUUACAGCUGAAUAUCUGCUUCUAAAAAUUAGAUAGUUGCCAACAUAUUUAAUGCUUUGAUUUAAUACAACAGUAGAUAAAAAAACCAUCCACACACCCACGCACACCGAAUGUGAUGUUGUCACAACAAUGUGUUUCAAAACCAUAUUUUCUUCUCAGCCUACAAGCAUUUUGAGUCAAGUCAUUUGAUGGUGGUUCUCCAGGUCUGGAAGCCAGAUUAGUGAAGGCAAACUUGCAGUAACUUCAGCUGUUUGGUUAUAACGAGGAUAGAACUUCUUGUUCUGCCUCUGCCAGAAUGCAGGACAGGAGCAAACAUCUCAGUUACACUGCUACACUGAUGCAUGAGGGGCUAUGGGCCUCCCACAGGUAACCAGUGACAAUGCUGGCUUGUAACUACUGAGUCUCAGCCUUCUAAGGCCAGUGACAGGAGGCUAUGAAAUAGGUGACAGGUUCUGCCUCAGAUCUUCAAUAGGGGGUUAUUUGUUAGCAUUACCUCCUGCUUCUGGUUUUAUUUGUUAGGUAUUGAGUCAUGGUUCUGGUUUUCUGAGUGAUUUCUGUAUUAGUUUCCUAUUAUCCACAUACCUCAGACAUAUCAUCAAAACUACUUAUACCUACUAUGCCAGGACACAGUUUUGACUAUUGUGGAGAACUCACUCAUUUCACUUUUAAGAUGUUGUCUGUGUCUUUUCAUCAGGAGGUUAAUUUGCUUACAGUAUUCAGCCAAAGUAAAAUGGUCAUUACCAUCUUCUUUUCUAUUUGACCAUGGCCGAGGUUCAGGCUAAAUUCACAUGCAGAUGCUGUGUCAUUUCCAGCCUCCAACAGGAGCAGUAGGAUUCAUUCUGAUUUUAUAUUGGUUACUUUGAGUUGUAGUCCUUUGGCAUUAACUGUUACAGAGCCUCAAAAUGAUCAUUAUGUUCUUCUUAGGCAGGAGGGUGGUGGAUGCUAUUUUAUUUCCUCCAGACCAGCAGACAUUACACCACUUUAAAAGUUCCUUGAAUGCCUCAGGAAGUAUUUUUGAACUAAUAAGCAGGGAGGAAGCUGCAGUGGUAGUAUUUUUAAAACAAACCAUGGCAUUCUUUAUUGGACAGUUCGGGAAGGACUUCAUUAACUCAGAAGCUCAGGUACAUAUCAGCAACUGGAAGGAGUAAUGCACGCUUACGUUCAACAGCUUUUUACAUAAACCAUAUUCAAGUAGUACCUCUUGAAAGGAGCUUAAGCUUAUGUAUGGGGUUUGUGUGCAAGUAAUCAAUUUUUCAUACAGAUAACAAGCCACUUUAAUUCAGCUUUUCUAUAAUGGCAACAGCCCUCUUGUUUGAUAUAUUAUUUUCCCAGUGGGUCUGUUCUUAAAGAAAGAAAGAAGCUGAUAUUGGGCCUGAGUUCCUGUUUUGGAGAGUUUCACAUUAUGGUUCAGUUUUGUGCCCUUUUGUUUGGAUAAAGUACAGUGGUAGCUAUGAAACAAUAGGAUCAAUUGUAAGGUAAAUGAACACAGGGAUAGCAAAAAGACCAGAGAGGGAAAUACAGAAGGGUGGGCUGCAGUGCUGGAGCCACAGGCAUUGGAGUUUAUCUGUGAACUUUGCACAGGCUCACAGAUACAAGUUAGGGUGCCUAAAGUUAGUCCUCUCCUUACACAGCUAGCUGUAGUGUAGAUAAGGAUGAAGUACAAUGAGACUGACCUUACUAUGACCACAGAACCAGAAACUGGCCUUAAAACUUCAGCU